ACUGGUCCCACGACAAUGGGCGCUCUCCUUGUCUGUCUCAUGCAGCCAUGAUCACCUCUGCGGUCGGCAUCCCCAUCGUCUUCGCCCUUGCCCUUGUCUCGAUCUUAUUCAUCACAUGCUUCUGGAACCGCCGAGAGAACAUCUUUGUCACGGUCAGCCCCCAGCCGGGCCAUGCGCUCCGGGAGCGGCCGCGCAUCUGGGACCUGGACACGGCCGCGCCGAUGCUUGUAGACGCGGUUAGAAUGUGGGAAAACAUAUACCCGUUCGCCGUCACGCGACAGAAACGCCCGGCGCCGCCGGCACUCGACCCAGCCCCUUCAUCCGGCUCAACAAGUGCAUUUGCAGCCCUCGUCUCGAGAUUCCGUCGGACGCCGCCGCCGGGCACCAAGACCGAACCGAUUCCACUACAAGACGCUUUGGAGGACGUGCAAGUGGCGGUUACGAUCGCUAUGCCGUGGGAGCCGCACACACGGCCGCACGAGGCUCCCGAAGGCGCAGAAUCCCCCGUCUACUGCAUUGGGGUGUAUAGAACCGCCCUCGGCAAUCUGGAUACUAUCGUGCAUACCUGUCAGUGCAGGACCUCCCUACAGAUUCUGCGAAGGCUCACUGUGGCGUUUACCAGAGCUGUCUGUAAUACUUGUACCACGCGUGAUGCUUUUACGAAUCGCGAUGACUCCCUGAGGAUCUGA